GGGAAACAAUAGGAAUUAUAGGGUGAUCAGACUGCACCCUCCAUUUGACCCAACCCGCACAGUGUACCACCGUAUUAGACGUGCACUCAACCCGGCUGCAUUCUCAAGGCACCCCACGACGCUCACAAAACUCACUGGCCCCUCACCGAGGCACUGUGGUUGCCGCCCAAGUAUGGAGGACGACAGGGCUGAGACAGAUCUUGGCAUAGCCGCCGAUAUCGAGGCAGCACAAGCCCCAGAGCCCGUCGCCAGACAGCCAAAGAAGAGAUUCGUUGGCAGGAGAACGGCGGCAGAAGCAUCAGCAUCCAAGAAUGGAGACGGCUCUGGAUCUAUCGAAGAUGCCGGCGCCGUUCAGGUUGCCCAACCCAAGAGGGCACCUCGCCUCCUGAACCAGGUGCCCCCAGAGAUCCUCAACGAUCCCGAGCUGAAGGCAGCCAUUUCUCUUCUGCCGGCGAACUACUCCUUUGAGAUUCCCAAGACCAUCCACCGCAUACGGAGUCUGGGUGCGAAGAAGGUCGCCCUGCAGAUGCCCGAGGGUUUGCUCCUGUUCGCCACGACUAUCUCAGAUAUCCUGCAGCAGUUCUGCCCCGGCAUAGAGACGCUCAUCAUGGGCGAUGUCACCUACGGCGCCUGCUGCAUCGACGACUACACAGCACGCGCCAUGGGCUGUGAUGUCCUCAUCCACUACGCCCACUCAUGCCUGAUACCCGUGGAUGUGACCAAGAUCAAGACGCUGUACGUUUUCGUUGACAUCAGCAUCGACACGGCGCACCUGCUGGCGACCCUCGAGAGGAACUUCACGCCUGGCAAGACCAUCGCCAUGGUCGGCACCAUCCAGUUCAACGCCACAAUCCACGGCGUCAAGGCAGCCCUGACAAAGGCCGGGUUCAAGGUCAUAGUCCCACAGAUCGCGCCCUUGUCAAAGGGGGAGAUAUUGGGAUGCACAAGUCCUGACCUGACCAAGUACGCCGAAGACGGCCCCGUGGACUUCAUCCUCUACCUCGGCGACGGCCGCUUCCACCUGGAGAGUAUCAUGAUCCAUAACCCCAACAUACCGGCCUACAGGUACGACCCGUACUCGCGCAAGCUGACUCACGAGACGUACGGCCACGACGAGAUGAAGGACCUGCGCCGGCAGGCCAUCGACACGGCCAAGUCGGCCAAGAAAUGGGGGCUCAUUCUGGGGUCCCUAGGCCGGCAGGGGAACCCGAACACGAUGUCGCUCAUAGAGAAGAAGCUGACGGCGUUGGGGAUACCGUGGAUCAACCUCUUGCUCAGCGAGAUCUUCCCGGGCAAGCUCGCCAUGAUGAGCGAUGUCGAGUGCUGGGUGCAGGUUGCCUGCCCGAGGCUGAGCAUCGACUGGGGCUAUGCGUUCCCCAGGCCAUUGUUGACGCCGUAUGAAGCCCUGAUUGCACUCGGUGAGAAGGAGGACUGGAGUAAGACUGGUGUGUACCCUAUGGAUUACUAUGGCAAGGACGGCCUGGGUAGAACAAAGCCUGCAAAGUUGGUGGAGGCCACUUAGAUAUGUGACAGCAAAUGAAACCAGAUUAUUGUGAAUAAA